GAGGGAGGAGCGAGUUGCCCCUCGCGGCCACCCCCCGGCACCUUCGUUGCCGUUUGCAAGCGGUUGCAACAGCACUUCUGAAUUCCCUAAAAUUCCAGUGUGAUCGUUUAUGCGCCUUACUAUUAAAAACGUCAAAAUUCAAACUCUUGUCUUCUUCCAGGUAGCUUUGAAACUGGCCCAGAUGGCCGGGCUUUUUCGGAGGGAAAGGAGCAGCUCCCUGGUGAAAGUGGUGGAGACUCCCGGGACACCUGCACAGCUCUGGAGCAAGAGAUGAAGGAGUUUUGCUGUUAAAGCAGUUUGGUCACAGGGGGCUCCAACAGAAAACGGCACCAGGACAACAUCACAGCGAGACGCCCACGGGCUCGAGUUCUGCUUGACAUGGCCAUGUUCUACUAGACCUGCCAUGACGGCAUUUUUUCCCAGUGUUCCCAACUGGAUUCAAGAUGCAAAGCAGGAGGAGGAAGAGACAGGCUGGAAAUUAGUCCCCAGACCAAGAGGUGAAGAGACCGAAAGUCAGGGAAAAUGCCAGUGUGAACUAUCAGAGCCCUCCUUCCCUCACGUGGACAAGCUGAGAACUCACACACUUUCCCAUUCGGAGCAGAGGCCCUACAACUGCCCCCAGCUGCACUGUGGCAAGGCCUUUGCCUCCAAGUACAAGCUCUAUAGGCAUAUGGCCACGCACUCUGCUCAGAAGCCUCACCAGUGCAUGUACUGCGAGAAGAUGUUUCACCGGAAGGAUCACCUUCGGAACCACCUGCAGACCCACGAUCCCAACAAGGAGGCCCUGCACUGUCCCGAGUGCGGCAAGAACUACAACACCAAACUGGGCUUCAGGCGACACCUGGCCAUGCAUGCGGCUGCCAGCGGUGACCUCAGCUGCAAGGUGUGCCUCCAGACCUUUGAGAGCACCCAGAUCCUGCUGGAGCACCUCAAAGCUCAUUCCAGGCGGGCUUCAGGAGGGGCGAAGGAAAAGAAGCAUCCGUGUGACCACUGCGAUCGGCGCUUCUACACCCGGAAAGACGUGCGGAGACACCUGGUAGUGCACACGGGGCGGAAGGACUUCUUGUGCCAGUACUGUGCUCAGAGGUUUGGGAGGAAAGACCACCUGACCAGGCACAUGAAGAAAAGCCACUCCCAGGAACUGCUGAAGAUUAAGACGGAGCCAGUGGACAUGUUGGGUCUGCUCAGCUGCAGCUCCUCUGUGGCAGUGAAGGAAGAGCUGAGUCCUGUCCUGUGUAUGGCAUCCAGAGACAUGAUGGGUGGUAAGAGUUUCCCUGGCAUGCUGCCCGUGGGCAUGUACAGCACACAUCUCCAAACCAUGCCAAGCUCAGGGAUGCCCCAUUCUUUGGUUCCUAAUUCUCUUCCAAUGGGAAUGAGCUAUCCUCUGGAGUCUUCUUCUCCCAUCUCCUCCCCAUCGCAACCUCCUCCAAAGUAUCAGCUUGGAUCUACCUCAUAUUUGCCUGAGAAGCUACCCAAAGUAGAGGUGGACAGCUUUUUGUCAGACUUCCCUGGCAGCCUGUCUCUCUCAUCUGGUGAUCCUCAGUCCUCUUCGCCUCAGCCACCUGCCCUGGAUGAGGCUUUGCUUUCCAAGAGCCCUGCUAACCUCUCAGAGGCUCUCUGUGCUGCUAACAUGGACUUUUCUCAUCUUCUUGGCUUCCUCCCCCUAAAUCUUCCUCCUUGCAAUCCACCUGUCUCAUCGGGGGGAUUGGUCAUGGGCUACUCGCAGGGGGAGGCGCAGCCACUGCUCACCACUUUGCAACAUCAACCUCAAGAGUCUCCCGGAGCCGGGGCCUCACUGAACUUUGGGCCCCUUCAUUCAUUGCCCCCCGUCUUCACCUCCAGCUUGAGCACAACCACGCUGCCGCGGUUCCACCAGGCAUUCCAAUAAGCUGGAAAUAGCACUGGAGAACAGAUCUUUCAGUCACCCUUUUGUGGAGAGCCUUAAAAACGCACAACUCUUCCUUCCUUGGGGGUGUGAAAGCUCUGGCAGAGCUGGGUCAGACAGGAGGUUUCUGAUCUUGGAGGGAGCACUUGUAGACUGGAACAGCCGAUAUCCUGUGUGAGUCCCAGUCCUGUACAGCAGAAGAUUUCAGCUGAUAGACUGGAUAUAUUUUAUCUAAUUUUUAAUCUGUGAAUCAGGAGCCGCGCUUAGCACUGACCUUCCCUGAGAAUGCUGGAGCUAUGUUCCUCUCUGGGAAGGGACUGUCCCUCAGAAGGAGUUGAGACUCUUUCAUCCUGGGCUAAACUUUUGAAGAGUCCAGCUUCCAUUUCGUGUUGCCACACUGCAAUUCUGGCAAACCAGCCACACCUCCACAUGAAGAAGAAGUCAUGAUACCGCUCUGUAUGAAGCCAAUGGGGAAGAGGCUGUCCUUCCCUGCUACCUCUCAUCCCAUCACCCAACACAGCUUGCUCCACAUCAGUGUUAAGCAACAAGCCCGUUUACAUAGUGAAUUCAGCGUCACCUCUUUGUAGCCAUUAGGAUAAACUCAUUAUGGUGAACAUUGUUUACACAACACAAAUCUGUUUCUGCCAUUGCAAAAAUAGGAGGCACCAGAAUACACUGGGUUCAUCUCUGGUGUAGCUAGAACACUGUUUACACAACGAAGUCAGGUUGCACUGAUUUCUCUUCACUUAUCAUGUUCUUCCCCCAUGGGGAAAUACACUGCUUUUGGACCACUUCAGCCUCUGCCCCUGUAGGCAGCAGCUUCCUGCCUUUUCUUGCUAGCUAUCCCGAGUGAAGGGGAUGGAGCAGCUCUCACAGCUUAGCUUGGUGUGCAGUGUAUGGACAGAGCCCUUUUAAAUAUGUCCCCCAGGCAAACAGAUCUGGAAACCAAAGCACGUGAGAGAGCUGGGUGAGGAGCUUGGGACAUCGAGCACUGGCAUACCAGGCAUGAGAACAGGCUGCAGGCCCUGCUCCAUGGGUUCCCUCAGGAUGAGGAACAGAGUAUGAGUUUCUUGGGUUUGGGGUUUUUUAACCAUGGCUAUUCAUUGAGGUCAGCACCCUUUUUGGUUUGUCCAAAAAGCAGUUUCAAAGGUAUAUUUUAACCUCAAUGGUGGUAGCACCCAAGAAUCAAGGAAAAAUUGGUCCCAGCUUCUUGUACACACUGUCAGUGUAUUUGAAGCAUUUCUCCCAACAUCAAUAGUUCUAACAAAUGCUGAGGUUUGGGGCCUGCAGUCAACUUUUCACUUUGGUUUUGGUUCCACUGGCCUCCUGAAAUUAAAGUCCUGCUUCCCUUGCUCCCUGCCCUACCUCUUAAACUCUUCCAUGGGCUGUCUACCUGCCAGGGCAGAAGGGUUAUACUGGGAAGUGGCAGCCAGCUGCUGGUGUCAUUUUGUCACCUGUAUUGUCUCCUGCUCCUGUUUUCCUGGGCACUUAGACCGCAGAUGGGGACAUACGGAGGUCACCCUGCACUGGUGCAUGUUUAUGACUAUGGACAGGCAGAUCUUCAUACCUCAGCAUGGAGGAACCAUUGUAGGCCAAUAUAAACCAGGAAAUCUGUCAAUAUUCUCCAUAAAUUUAGGAAAUGCAAAAUCUACCUCUACUCUGUUAUCUCAGCUCCUUGGGUGAAGCCAGAUGCUGUCCUCCCUUGUCUCCCCAGAGCAUAUCCACCUCAGUUGAUGCAGAUUCCUUCCUGCUGAGCCAUGAUCCCACUGCGUGACAUCAGCUGUGCCUCUUUUGGUUACAGGCUUGUCCCCCUUCCAUUUUACUCCAGAAUUUUAUUUUUAAUUUAGUUUAGUAAUUCUUCCCAGAAUGACUCUUUAGCAAUCCAUUGAUUCUCCAGAACAUAGAUCGGUUGUUUUAGGUUAGCCAGCAAUGCUGCAAAUAAGACUUUUGUAUCAAAAUGUAAUAUAAGAUUUAUUUACCUCAGCAAUAUCCUGUGGCAAUGAUCUCCCCGAGUUGAAUGCAGUACUUUUUCCUUUUCUCCACUGGAAAAUGUUGCCUUUCCAAGUCCAACGAGUGCCUUCUUGUUCUCUAACCUAGCAAAGGUAAACGGGGCAUUGCAGCCAGUCUGUUUACCAGCAUUGAAUACCUCAGGCCUGUCUUCUAUUGCUUUGCUCUUUGCAAAUUAAAGAGUUUCACACUGUUAUCAAUUAUAUGCAAGCCUUAUCCCUGUCUUCAGUUGAGAGGAUUAUUAUUUUUUGAGAAAUAAAUGGUCAGAACUGAUCACUGACUGCCAGUGAGGAUUAUCAGAUUUAUGCAAUGCCAUCACACACCUUGUCCCACCACAGAACAUUCAGCUUUCUUGCUUCCUGCCUGCAUUGUACUCUGAACAGAUGUCAUCACUGGAAUUCCUUUAGCAGUGGUAGCUAAACUUAGAGCCAGGCAUCUUUUUCCUACCAGUAGUCUGUCAAAGAAUAAAUGGAAUUCAUUUUGCUAUGAUUUGCAUGUGUGAUUUGCUUUCCACAGCUACUUUAACAAGGAGAACUGCAGUAACCUUUGUCAGUGGAAGGAAAAUCUAACCCAGCAAGGGCAGUGUGGUCAGAGGCAGCACUGGAGCUGAUUCCAGGUGUUUGCACAGGAAAAUGGACUCAAAGUUCCUCUAGCACAACAGCUGGUAAUCUGAAAAUAUUUUACCAGUCAGUCUAAAACUAACGAGACUAUUCCCUUUGAAAUAGCAAGUGUGCAAUUCACAGAACAAAUUAUAGUGAACAAUUUUUACCUCUUUAUAAGAAAAUACUUCAAGCAUCCAAGCUUACAGCAUUUGGGAAUCCCAGUCCACUUGGACAUGUGUACCAAGCUCUUAGGCAAGUCAGUGGAAGUCAGCUUAGCCCAGCUCCUGCUGAUGCAGCUGGAGGUAAGGGACAGGGGUAACCUUGGCAUGCUGUGAGGGGGAUUGCUGCAGCACAGGCUACGAUCUGUUCUGUGCUGGAUGUGCAGGGCUGUGCUGGAUGUGUGGUAUUAAAAAAAAAAAUCAUCCCAGAAAGAGUUUGGGUUUGAUUUUUGUUUUGGACCAUGAGUUUGGGGCUGCAGGUCCAGGACAUGGCUGUGAGUCAGGCAGGCAGAGCCCAGUAAACCAUUUCACUGUGAUCCCUCUGUUCUGGCAUACCUGUACCAGGAAGUACAGGUGCAAUGUACCAGAUUGAGCCCAAGGGCAGCAACUACAGCACACUCGUUCAUGAGGGCUUAGUUAAAUAAAGGAAUGUUUUAAAUUGGCUGUCUUGGGGGGUGUCCAAAGCAAUAGGAACAGUGCAGUCAACUAAGAUAUGAACCCAUAGACCUCCAGUCAGCAAAAGGACAGGACAUGAACUUGCCAGCCCUUACAAAUCAGACCCUGGAUUCUCAGAAAGCCAAGGACUUAAUGUUCCUCUAGAAAUAAGAACUAAUAAACAGCCAAACCACUCCCUGGCAGCAGAGGGUUAACCCUUGCCCAUCCUUUCAAGCUCAGAUUGCCAGAACCCUGUGAAAGGCUGAAGAUCUUUUUCCCCUUGGGAUUACAGCUCACUUAAAAUCCAUUUGUAGGAAGGAACAACAUGUUAUCUUGCAUUUGCUUCCACUGAAUUUCACAUGACAGAAUACCCACACACUGUGUUGUGACAGACCCCGUUCUCUGUCUCACAACAUUGCUGCACUUUAGCCUGUGUUGAAAAAUGGUGUCACUUCAACUGGAAUCCUUUAUUCACCUCAGGUAGAUUGAUGAUUUCAGUACUUUUGUUGAGCUCAGCUCUUUGUUCUUUAAUUCCUUCCUUGCUGACAGGUGAACAGCAGCUGCUGGGAAGAUUUCCUGCAAUUCACUGAAAAAAUCCCCUUUUCCUUUCUCUACCAUUGCACCACCUUUGCUCUCUGGAUAGAACAACCCCACAGAGCAUUUUCUGCUGCCUGCAAUUAAAAUUUCCAGAAAUAAAUCUUCAAAGAGGUGCUUCCCAUCACACUACCUUCUUGCUUAUCCUCUAAUCCCAGUUAGUCAGGCUGACUGAAUUCUCCCUCUGGUGACUAUUUUUAGUUAAUUGCCUGCCCAAGCCCUAGAGCUAUUCUGCCACUGAACAGUGAAGUAGAUGAAUGGCUUGAACAGAACCACUUCAGGUUUCCAUCCUCAUCCAAAAUUUUUGUCUUUUCCAUAACUUAUUUCUUGUAUUUUUCCCAGUUCCUAGAGAUGGGAGCUGCCACCUGAAGCUCUGAAUCCCAUCCUGUAUGGUAGGGAGAAGGUGGUUUUGUUUAGUCUGGUCUGCUGGAUCUGGGAAGCCCAGAUUGUUUUCACCCCAAUCCCCAGUUCUGGCACCUCACACCCUUUCCAUGCCUGUGUACCAUAAUGUGCCACAGCCAUAUGAGCCUCUCUUGGAAAGCAGCUGGAAGCUGCCAGGAAGAUGCUAUUAGCACUGAUCCAGCUGCUUUACAGGACCACUGUUCCUAUUCCCCACCACCUCUCAGGUUCUGAUGUCCCUGCUGCACGAUCCAUGCACACUCACAUCAGGCUCACCUCUGGCUAUUCCCACUGAUGGACUUGCUUCCUUCUAGUGGAUAAUUGGGAUCCCCUGAGAAUCCUACACAUUUCAGCUACUCUUGUGGCUGCAGGUGAGGAGUUUUCUCCUGUUUGCAGUCUCUACCUGGAGCCAGUUCUACAUCUUCCCACAGGCCAAACAUCACUUAACACUUCAGACUAGCAUGCAAACAGGUCAAGCAAAAAUGGAACUGGUGUUCAGAAAUGAGACCAGAAAACAGAUCACAUUCUGCUUCUCACAAAUCCACACCAGGAGAUGAGCUUGGCUUUCUUGUUCAAAAUAUAUUUUAUUUCCAUGUGCAGAGGUGGGCUGCAGGAGCCUGAAGCACCUUCCUCAGUCUGUGCUUGUGGCUGAAGCCAGGUUUGUGAGGUCCUUUCCACCAGUGUCUAAAUACCAGCAUGAAAAUAGAACAUACAUGACACAGGGAGCUUCUCUGUAUCAGAUCACAGUGACAAGGAAAGUUAAAAGCAUUGCAAAAGAUAACCAGGGAAUUUGGAAUUACUUUUUUUUAUUACUAUAAAUAGGUCAGCUCUUCAGCUGGGGGAAGAAUCCUCAACAUUGAAGUGUCUUGUUACAAACCAACCAUCCCUCACUUUUGUGUCUUUGUUUUGAACUACUGUGCAAGGGGAUAACCAGCUCUAGCAUGGAAUGUGCUGAGUGGACAGGGACAGCCUCCAACACCUGGGACAGGCCAGGCUGGCUGAGUGUCCAGGUGAACAGGCCAGGGACCUGCCUGCAGCCCUUCUCCCUCUGUAGUCAGUGUCUUGUGCUUGAAGCUAACACACGAGCUUUGCUCACAGCCCUCAGCAGCACAACCCACUUCAGGGUGCAACACGAGGGUGCAGAAGCCUGCACACUGCAACACAUCCCAGAAAUCCUGCUAGAAGCCUCUCUGGAGUUUGAGUUCUUCUCACUGAGUGCCUCAGCCUCGAUGCUUUGUGGAGCUUUCCCAUUCUAGCGAUUCCUGAUAUCUAGGGCGACUUUUAGAAAGACUGUUUUGUAACCUUUGAGUGUUUUCCUUAAAAGAGGAUAUUGAAGAACACAGAGCUGUCUGCUGAUGUACUCUUGAGACCCGGGGUGGCUACAAAGAGGACAAAAAAGAACCUGUAGAACCCCUGGGAGCAGCCAAGCUCCAAAACUGCUGCUGGAAGAAAAGCUACUGAGUGGCCUUUGCAGCCACAAGUCAUGCCAAGAACCCUCUCCCAGCACAAGCUCUGCCAUCUCCCACAGGAGCCUGUAAACUUCCCUUUGGAAGGUGAAGGGUUUGGGAUUAGCCAUGGGAGGGGAUGGGAAAGCCACAGUGCCCCUCCCCAGGGCUGCCAUUCACACUGUCCCUUCUUGUGCUGGUUCUGGACAGGCCUCGUGCCCAGCCUCCCUCCCUGCAGCUACAGCUGCCAAAGCCAGAAACUUCCCAUUGUUAAAGCUCUACUGGUUUUCUAAAAACAAACUUUCUAGCACUUUUACACAGAGUGAAUAACCUCUUUUAAUGGAGUAUUUUGGGGGCUGUAAACAAGGUUUUUAAAUUGUAAUUAAGUGCCAUUAGAAAAUAUAUGGUUCAUCACUAAAAUUAGCUUUUGCAAAAUGAAGUUCAAAUUGAAAGCAUCUUUUAUAAUGAAGUUGUUUAUUAAAAGCAUUUGGAUGAUCUACCCCAGGUGUCUUCAUAGAGGGGAGUUUGGGUUUUGGUUGGAUUAAGACAAGACAGACUCAUAAGGCAGGUCAAAGACACAGUUCCCUACAUGAAGCCACAGAGGUUUUUAAAUUUCUUCCAAGCAAAGAAUUAAACCCACAAGAAAAAACCCAGCACCCCACUGGGGAGGCAGCCACAGCAGACACCAUUAUCCCCUGUCAAGGAGAAUGAUGUUUAUUAGACAGAAAGUUCUGGUCGCUUGGUUUCACUAAAAUUUCCAGCCCAUGUAGCAGCACUUCAGACAAGUCCAGCCCACUCCCCCUCACAAAUAACUCUGACAUGCUCUGCUUCCCACAGGCAGGAAAACCAGGACCAAACCUCAGCUUAAGCUACAACUGGCUGCAGGCACCAGCAGCAUUUGAAGAUGAAACAGGGCAAAGCACACAGGGCCCUCUUGGGAUUCUCCUUCAGAACAGGGAUUAAAAGCUGACAGCCAUGAUCAGUAAUAGGUGCUUGUUUGAGAAUGAUCUAGUUUUCAGUUCUAGUUUUCAUUUCUAAUUCAGCCACCAUUAAAAUGUGCCCUUUCCUCAGCAGCUUUUCCCUGGUGCUGAGGACUGUGACAGAACAUGAAUUCACUCAUCUGCCAAAAAUGAGAAAUAAAUUCAGCAUAGAUUGUCCUGAUGGUGGAGCUGAAGAAGGGAUUAUUCUGAUGAUUUCUGAGUUUUGAUUCAAGUAUUUGCCAGCUCUGGUCUCACUCACAGGCACUCAGCAGCCCCCAACACUGGGCUCUGUAACCUGGGGGAAUCACAUCCAUUGCUCUGCUGGGCAAACCAUCUCAGGAAAAGGGAAUUUACUUUGCCUCCCUCACCCAGCAUUCCAGCAGAGACUCAUUGAUCUCCUGCCACACACCCCCCAGCAGAAACACACAAGCUCUGGGAAGCAAAUGGAGCUGGAAGCCAAAGCUGGGGGUUCAGCUUCUGCAGCAGCAGCACUCCUCAAACUCUCACUCAAAGGAAGGAAUGACAGCUCCCUUCCAAGCUGUCCUUUCCCACUCUGCUGCUCUAAAGCACUGCCCAGCACUGCCAUCCAACAGUUCUGCUGCUCUGCCCUUCAGUGCCAAACAUCAAACAACAUGUCUCACACAAAAGACACAAGUUGCUCAAGUGAUCUUACCCAGCAGCACAGCAUCAGCAGAUCAAAUGCCUCAACUGGUGGCAUAAUUACAAUAUAUGUCAGCAUUCGGGGCAUGCCACAGUGGGAGAAACUUAGUUUGCCAGGAGGAAAUUAUAACAAAGAAAACCAGAGUAUUCCAAGCUCUGCUUCUGGCUGAAGCCACACAUCACAGACCACAUGGGUGUCAAACAGGCCAAGUGCUACAAAAAGAAAUUCUCCAGAAGUGGCUUAGGAGAACCCAAGAGAGCAGGAUGACAGGACAAUGGCAGAUUUAUUUACAAUAGGACAUGAAGAAUACAUACAUUAAUUAAAAAUUACAAAGAAUACAGAGAAAACACUUCAGGGAAGGGAGAGGAAUCAAUGCUGGCUGAGCCUCUCCACUGGGGCAGGGGCAGAAGAAAAAAAAAGAAAAAAAUAAUCAACAAAAAUCUCAGAGGGACCUCAAAUCAGAACUGACACAGGACUCCACAGCACAGCUGGCUCACACAUCCCCUCCUCCCUUUUUCCAUCCAUGAUUCCUGGCUGAUUAGAUUCUGGCAUGACGGGCAGGGCCAAUAGGAAGGGACACAGGCCCUUGCAUGGACCUGGUGGAAACUUAUGGCAAUUGGGGUUUAAAAUAGGCCUCAAAGCCCUCUCUGGGAGCAAGGAGGGCUUUGGACAGUUUUGGGUUGGAAUGAUGUGACCUGUGGCAGCUGAUCAUUGGAAGACCUUACUCCAAGAAGAAAAAAAUUCACAGAACUCACUAAAAAAACCUCUCCUCUGUAGUCCUGGCUGAAUCCAGUGAAUCUGGGGAUGAAGGGAGCCUUCACUGCAACAUGGAACCUUUUCACUGAUAAACAUCACUGAAGUGACCAAAAUAAAAAAAAAA